AUGCCGCCCGCGGAGCCCAGUACCAUCGAGGAUACGCAAUUGGGCCUGACCGACGAGGAGGUGAAUCUCCUCCGUCACCACCAAGCUCAGGCCGGCUCCUCGUCCUCGCGCGCCGCCAGCCACGCAUCCUCCCAGGGGCGCCUCCUACUCGACAGCUCCAGUCUUGCCGCACUGUCACGACACCUCGACCGCUUGAUGCACCAGAUCCAGCAACGCAUCGAGUACCUCAGCGAACAGAGCUCCGUCGUGACGAUGCAGCAGUAUGAUCACGCAGGUAACCUGGUGGACAAUGCCGAUGCUGAGAUUGCGCGCUUUCAGGGUAUCAUGAGCCAGAUCGACGAGCUUGAGCUCGACUUCGAUCGCAUCGCCCACAUUAGAGAUAUCGUGAGGGAUUACCGUCAGCGAGUCGAGAACCUAGAACGCGAACUCGAAAAUUCGAGCUCGUCGCGGCGCGAGCACCACCACUCUCACCGCCACAGCCAUUCGCACCGGCAGGAAGCGGCUUCUUCCGGCGGUCACAGACGUAGACACUGAUGAGAGAGAGGGAGAGAGAAAAGCGUACUAAGAAAUGAGCGGACAUAAGUACCAUCCCGUGGAUCGGGGUGUCGAUCAGAGCAGAAAUUUGGCCUCGGGGGGGAAGAAAAGCCGCAUCGAGCUUCCCCGAGUACCGGCUUAUUUUAUUAUUUAAUGGCAAGCUGCCAACAGGACCAGAGCACAGUGGAAAAGGAGGGGGUAUGAAAAAAAAAAUAUCGCAGCACGAAGAUAUAGAAGCAUAGGGUCACACGACCGCAGAAA